GAACAUAAAAAUUUUCUUUCUCAGCUCGAAGGAAAAACAAAUAAAUUAAAGUCUCGCUAGGUAGUUCUAGAAGGAUUGCAAGAUAUUUGGAAUGUUGUUGUGCUGAACGCUAACGAUCAGAUUCCAAUCGAGUUAAUAACUUUAAGAUCUAAUAAGAAAGUGAAAAAUCAAUUUUAUUUUUUUUGCAACGCAGCUAUGACUCCAGAAUCUGUCGAAGAUAUGGAAGAAAGAUAUUCAGAAUUAUUUAAAAAGCUUGACAAAGGGAGAGAUGGUCGAAUUGAUAUAAAGGAUUUAGCAGCAGAGCUAAAGGAGUUAGGAGUGUGCGAAUCUUAUGCAGAGAAAUUUAUUAAGAAAUCCGACGCCAACAAAUCUGGCGAUGUGGGCUUAGGCGAAUUUGUGAAUUAUGUUCGAGAGCAUGAAAAGAAUCUACGAAUACAAUUCUCAACUCUGGAUAAAAAUAAAGAUGGAAAAGUCGACCUUGAGGAGAUGAUAAUCGCAUUUAAAGAACUUGGCAUUAAAAUGGAGCGUGAUGAGGCUUUAAAGCUUUUUAACAGAAUGGAUCAAGACGGGAGCUUGAACAUAAGUUUUAAUGAGUGGCGAGAUUUUCUCCUUCUGGCCCCAUCAGAUAACAUCCAUGACAUCAUAAAAUAUUGGAGACAUUCAACUUAUCUUGACAUCGGUGAAGAUUUGAAUGUACCUGACGAUUUUACACAAACCGAAAUGGAGACAGGGAGAUGGUGGCGUCAUUUAGUUGCUGGUGCUUUAGCCGGUGCUGUUUCAAGAACCUCAACAGCUCCAUUAGAUAGAAUAAAAGUUCUUCUACAAGUUCAAAGCACAAAGCAAAGAAUCUCAGAUUGCUUCAGUUACAUGCUGAAAGAAGGCGGCGUAAAGAGUUUAUGGAGGGGAAAUGGCAUAAAUGUCUUAAAAAUUGCGCCUGAAUCAGCAAUCAAAUUUGCCGCAUAUGAACAAGUCAAACGUUUUAUUCGUGGACCUGAUAAUCGACCCAUGUCGAUCUUUGAAAGAUUUGUUGCAGGAGCUUGUGCUGGUUGUGUUUCCCAAACCGCAAUUUAUCCUUUAGAAGUAUUGAAAACUAGAUUAGCACUUAGAAAAACAGGGCAAUAUGCAGGAAUGUUAGAUGCAGCAAAGAAAAUUUAUGCUGGUGAAGGACUUCGGAGUUUCUAUCGUGGAUACAUCCCCAAUGUUUUAGGAAUCAUUCCAUAUGCCGGCAUCGACCUUGCCGUAUAUGAAACAUUGAAGAAGAAUUACUUGUCACAACACACUGAACAGGAAGCACCACAAAUCUGGUUGUUACUUGCUUGUGGUAGUGCAUCGUCAACCUUGGGCCAAGUCUGCUCAUAUCCAUUGGCUUUGGUGCGGACAAGAUUACAAGCACAAGCUGUGUCGAAAACAACCAAUUUAAAUCUGAAUGUUGUAGGAUUAAACAGUGUGCCGUUUGCGUCACAACCGAAACUUCCAUCAAAAGAUUAUACCAUGACGAGUGUCUUCAAGAGAAUCAUUCGAACAGAAGGAUUUGCCGGACUCUAUCGUGGAAUCACUCCAAACUUCAUCAAAGUUUUGCCAGCUGUUUCUAUUAGUUAUGUGGUUUAUGAAUAUAGUAGCAACAAAUUAGGCGUCAAUAUGACAUAAAUGUCAUUAAAAUAUUUAUCAUCUUUACAUCUUUGAGCUUUGCAUUAGAUAAAUAAUUAUUUAAAAAUUUCUUUCGACUCUUUCAAAUCAUCUUUUAGAGAUAAAGAAACCUUUUUUGAUAUAAUUCAAAGAUUUUGUUCUUUUGUCAGCUCUCUUCUCCUAUAAGAAUUUUUAAUGUCUUAAAAGAAAUCCUCUUAGGAAUUCAAUCCUUAUAAAAAUCAUACAGUGAAUAAUUUUAAUUCUUGUAUGAUUCAUUCAUAAAACAGAUGAAAGACCAUCGAAUCAAAGAUAGUUUAUAAGAGAAUGAGGAUUUAUACUCCCAAGUAUUUGUUUUAGAUUAAAAUUUUAAUCGGUUGUAACAAGACAAAUCUUCUUAUCUGUUGCCAAACUUUGUGUUUAUUUUUUGACGACAUAUGAUUUGUAAUACGAUCGAUUUGUCAUGCACUCCUCCGUUUUCUAAAUAGAAAAAAAGUUGCAUAGAUUUAAUUCUCUUUAAUUUUAUUAAAUAAGGAGAUUGAGAGUUAAACUUAAACAACUUAGAAAUUGCUUUUUGCAUACCUAAGUAGGAAAAAAAUAUUUAUUGAUUUUAAAAAAAGACGACGAAUUGAUAGAGUUACUUAAAGCGACUUAAAGAACAUGAUAAACUUAACCGAAUAAGGAAAGGUGUGGAGUGAAGCUAAGAUUGUGUCUUUUAAGUCAAACUUCAAAAUGAUAUGCAAAUUUAAUAAACAAACAAAUGAUAAUGAUGAAGUGAAAAAUCAUGAAUGAGAAACUAAUUUCUGUGAUGCUCUGAUAGAAACAUUUAGUUUAAAAUUUAAAGAUUUAAAUAAUAAUUAGGUAGCUUUUUCAACAAUUACCGAAGGAUUUAGUUUUUCAUAAAACAAUAAUUGCAACAUUGCAACUGCUAAUAACUGUUCAAAUCGGUCAAGUCUUUUCAUUUCCUCAGAAACUUUUGACGUGCAUUUGAAGAGUCGAAUUCUUAACAUAAGAGAAACAUUACAUUGUAAACAAGAUUAGUUAAGACGUAAAUUUCUAUGCAUUCAAUUAAUUCUUAAACUCUGAAAAGAAAAAAAUUAGAAAAAAAUCAUAAAUUAAACUUUUUCUUCCUAAGCAUCAGAAAUUGAUGUUCUAAAAGCAAAACAAUCUAACUAAUAAAUUAAGAAAUUAAACAAUUUCGAUUUUAACUGUUAAAAAACAUAAAUUGGAAACAUAAAGUGACAUCUCAUCUUUGUGCUUUAAAAUUAUUAUUUAUUGAAAAUAUAAACAAAAAUUGAAAUGAAUUGAAAUUAAUAAAUUCCAAGUUCGUUGAUCUAAUUCAUGAAUUAAA